GGAAACUUGAUUGGUUGAAAUAAAUGAACAACCAAUGAAUUUCAUUGUACCAGAAUCUUAGGUUUACAUCUUUCAGACUAAAACAUUAUCAAAAUGACCGAACGAUACAGUUUUUCUCUGACUACUUUCAGUCCAUCUGGAAAGCUGGUUCAGAUAGAAUAUGCUCUUGCUGCAGUUAGUGCUGGAGCCCCAUCUGUAGGCAUCAAAGCUGUCAAUGGGGUAGUGUUAGCAACUGAGAAAAAACAGAAAUCCCUUCUGUACGAUGAUCAAAGCAUACAUAAGAUAGAUUAUAUCACCAAGAACAUUGGAAUGGUUUAUAGUGGAAUGGGACCUGACUACAGGGUAUUAUUAACCAGAGCCAGGAAAUUAGCCCAGUCUUAUUACUUAACUUAUCAAGAACAGAUACCUACAGCUCAGUUAGUUCAGAGAGUGGCCACAGUGAUGCAGGAGUUCACUCAGUCUGGUGGUGUACGACCAUUUGGUGUUUCAUUAUUAAUGGCUGGCUGGGAUGACUUUGAAGAAAAACCUUAUCUCUAUCAAUGUGAUCCUUCAGGAGCAUAUUUUGCUUGGAAAGCAACUGCUAUGGGUAAAAACCAUAUAAAUGGAAAAACGUUCUUAGAAAAGAGAUAUAGUGAGAAGUUAGAACUAGAGGAUGCAGUACACACUGCUAUUUUAACACUGAAAGAAAGUUUUGAAGGACAAAUGACUGAAGAUAAUAUAGAAAUUGGUAUUUGUAAUCAUGAUGGUUUCCGUCGACUCACAACAUCCGAAGUGAAAGAUUAUCUGGCCUCUGUGUCCUAAGUUAUUCCAUUUGUUAAUCACAGGUUAAUUAUUGGGAAUAUACUUGGUUAUUAACCUAUCAUCUACAAGUUUAUAAAUGUUAUAUUGUAACUAGUUUUGUGUUUAACACAGAUCUGUCAUUUUUGUAAUUGAACAAAAUUUUGUUUCAACUUUU